AUGCCUUCAUCAUCCUCCGAUAAGGAUCCACAAGCUGCUGACCCAGUGCCAGUGGACUACUACAUCCGCAAACAGAAGCCUCUGCCGACUGAUCCAACUAUCAAAGCUUACGUCCAGACAGUCCUCGAAAAUGGCUUCGUUUUAAUCCCAAACGCAUUCACCGAGGCCGAAGCCAAAGAUGCUGUCGACGAAAUCGACCGCCUCCACGGCAAAGAUCCCAAAGGCGGCAUGCACGCCUUUGACGGAUUCAAGACGAACCGUAUCUUCUCCCUCCUAGGCAAGACCCGCGCCUUCGACAAGUUCGUACUCCUGCCACAGGUUCUGGCUUUGAAUGAUUACUUCCUCGACGAGGAUUACCUCAUCUACAUCAUGGAAACGAUCGUCAUCAACUCGGGCGAGAAGAACCAAGUUCUUCACCACGACGAUAGUGUCACGCACCUCCCGCGCCCGAGACCGCCUGUCACGGCGGCGACGAUGAUUGCGUUGGAUGACUACACCGAGACCAACGGCGCCACGCGGAUCAUCCCCGGAUCGCAUCUUUGGGGGAGUGAUAGGAUCGGGGCGGAGCAUGAGGCAAUUCCCGUGGUGUGUCCGAGGGGAAGUGUUAUUUACUUCUUGGGCACGACGUGGCACUCCGGUGGGGCGAAUCGCAGCCAGAAGCCGAGGUAUGCGGCGACGAUUCAGUACUGCCAGCCAUAUAUUCGGCCGAUUGAGAACUUGAUGAUUGGGAUUGAUCCCAGGAGAGCACUUUCUGGCGAGAUUCCGAAGAAGAUUGUGGAUAUGAUGGGGUACCGGAGUGCGAUUCCCUUCAUUGGAUACGCCGACGGAAUGAAUCCACGGAAAGCGACCCAGCGCAUGAUUCGGUGGCUUCAAGGGCCGGUCGAUAGGGAGCCACCGACAUUCCCCAGCGAGAAGGGAGACAAGGAGAUUCACGUUAUCAGCAAGUUGUAG